GGUGGUAGUAGCAGUUGGGGCUUCUGCAACGUCUGCGGUGGAAGGAAUCAUUUCUCGAGAGCCAAGAGAGAGGCGAAGGCAACAUGGAGCCAUGAGUGUCUCAGUGCCCGGCUCGCGCCAUGGUCCGGCUGAGUUAGCCGGCGUUGGCGCCGGUGACUGGAGGGAGGCCGACACCAGGGAGAGGGAGAGCUAUAACAUUGAGGCCGUGGACGCUCGAUUUUCGUGUAGUCCUUGUAUCAGCUAACUUAGUAGCAAGUUCAUCAUCGAGAGUUGCCGCCAUCAUGCUGUGGCUUACACUCUUCACGUCCGUCUUGGCCGGUCUGGCGGCCGCUCUCCCGGCAUCCGAGGUGCCGGCUACGAGCUCAACGUGGAACCCUCGCCUGAUUCUCUACUUCCAGACGACACACGACAAGAACGGGCUGCCCAUCUCCAUGCUGCCGCUGGUCAAGGAAAAGGGCAUCGCCAUGUCACACCUGUACAUCUGCUCAUUCCACAUUAAUGCCGGCGGUGUAAUACACUUGAAUGACUACCCCCCGUCGCAUCCACGCUUCCUCACGCUAUGGAACGAAACCCUCAUCAUGAAGGACGCCGGCGUCAAGAUCAUGGGCAUGGUCGGCGGCGCCGCGGCUGGGUCCUUCACCACGGACACCCUAGACGGAAAUGUUACGACUUUCGAACACUACUACGGACAGCUCAGGGACGUGAUCCGCCAGUUCCAGCUCCAGGGCAUAGACCUAGACAUUGAGGAGCCCAUGAGCCAAGGGGGCGCAUAUCGCCUCAUCGAGAGACUGCACAAGGACUUUGGCAACGACUUCAUCAUCACCAUGGCACCCGUCGCCUCCUCGCUCACUGGGCCAGACGGGUUUGGCGAUCUCAACUACACGACUCUCGAGAGCGGGUUGGGCCGCAACAUCGACUGGUACAACGCCCAGUUCUACUCGGGCUUCGGCAGCAUGUCCACGCCCAACGACUACCUCCGCAUCGUCAACUCUGGAUGGAAGCCGUACAAGGUUGUCGUGGGGCAACUGACAUCGCCCGCAAACGGAUAUGGCUAUACCCCUUACGAAAAGCUCAAUGCCACCAUCGUGACGCUACGCGAUAAGCUACACCAUCGCAUUGGCGGCAUCUUCGGUUGGGAGUACUUCAACAGCAAGCCUGGCGGCGAGGCGAAGCCCUGGGAAUGGGCCCAGAUCAUGACACAGAUCCUGAGGCCGGAUAUGGUGCCCAACAUGCCCAUCACCCGGACUCUUGCAGCGAAACUGGAAAGGGCGUACGUGGAGAGCACUGCGCAUCUGGCAAGAGUUCCGGGCGCGUCCACCAAGGCUGUCAAUUACCUCUCCAUGGUGGAUCAAUAGUUUACUAGCCACAUACGCAAACGACCUACCUCAGUCGUACAUUACGUUACGAUCGGCUACGGGCCACCAAGCCAUGUAGAUAAAUUAUAGACGCGCGUUUAUACAAGUGGCGACAUAGCCAAGUGCCUGACAUGUUGCAA